UUGUAGAUUCCUCCUCUCCUCGUGAGCAAGCUUCUGGUUUCGGCCCACAUCAGACAUGCUCGUGGAAGGAAGUAAGAGCGAUCCAGAGGCACUGAAGAUCAUUAUAACCGCAGGAUGCUGUGGGAACCUGUCCUCUCUUCAGUGUCAAUGGAAAGCAGAUGACAAGGAGAGUAAGCCAAAGGAUUCAAAAACGACCGCCAGCAGCAAAGCAGGCAAGGAGAAACCUACCUUGAAGUUUCAGAUGAACCAAGGUCAAACAUUAUCAUCUGCAAAUGCUGCUUGCUAUUACCUCUGGGAGAAAUCUGGGAAGUCGAUCAAGGAUCCAUUGCAGGCAGCCUACAUUGAUGAAGCAGUUGAUUGGGAAUUCACUGUUCUCAGACCUGCAUGUCAGCAGUAUGUCAAGUCUCUUCUGGAGAGCCAGAGCUGUCCAAGUCUCACAUCUGCAAUGGAUGAAUGUCUCAAAGCUUUGGAGAGUUGGGUUGCAGGAGGAAAUGUCCUCAUUCAGGACAUUGGACUUUGCUAUGCUGAUUUGAUUACAUGGAGUACACUGUAUCCAGUGCUUGCUGAUGGGAAUGAUAUCAUCCACAAGUCUUAUCCCAGUGUCCUUAAGUGGUUUAACACAAUUCUGCAAAAAUCAUUCAUUCAGGUAGAGAACUUGGAAGAAGGAGUGAUGAACAUGCAGUUGAAAGAGCAGAGAGAAGAAGCUCUGAAGACAUGGCAGAAGGGACCUGGCAGUGUGCCCAAACCAAGAAAACUACUUCAUCCAAUUUUGCCAGGAGAAGGUGAGCGAAAUGUGCUCAUCACAUCAGCACUCCCUUAUGUCAACAAUGUGCCUCACCUGGGAAACAUCAUUGGUUGUGUCCUUUCAGCAGAUAUCUUUGCCAGGUACUCUCGACUGAGGGGCUACACGACAUUGUUCGUCUGCGGUACGGAUGAGUAUGGAACAGCAACAGAGACAAAGGCCCUGCAGGAGCACUGCACUCCUCAGGAGAUCUGUGACAAGUUUCAUCGACUUCAUUCUGACAUUUAUAAAUGGUUCAACAUCUCGUUUGAUUUCUUUGGCCGCACAACCACUGCAGCCCAGACCAAGAUUGCCCAGGGAAUUUUCUGGAGACUUCAUGAGAACGGCUACAUUCUUGAGGACAGUGUUGAGCAAUUGUUUUGCUCCAACUGCUCCAGGUUCUUGGCAGAUCGUUUUGUUGAGGGAACUUGUCCCCUCUGUGCAUUUGAGGAUGCUCGAGGAGAUCAAUGCGAUAAGUGUGGGAAGCUGAUCAAUGCUGUUGAAUUGAGAAAUCCACGUUGCAAAAUCUGCUCUAAGCCACCUCAGAAGAAGACAUCUAAGCAUCUCUUCCUUGACCUUCCCAAGUUGAGUGAACCAUUAUGGAGCUGGUACGAAGGGAAGAGCAGUGGCUGGUCGUCCAAUGCAGCUAUGAUCACGCAAUCAUGGAUCAAGGAUGGCCUCAAGCCCCGCUGCAUUACACGAGAUCUUCAGUGGGGAACACCUGUCCCCCUUCCUGACUUCACCUCAAAGGUGUUUUAUGUCUGGUAUGAUGCUCCGAUUGGAUAUCCAUCCAUCACGGCAAAUUAUAUCCCUGAUCACUGGGAGAAAUGGUGGAGAAACCCUGAGAAUGUGGAGCUUUAUCAGUUUAUGGCCAAAGACAACGUUCCCUUCCAUGGAGUCAUUUUCCCAUCUUGUCUCCUUGGUACAAAGGAUGUGUGGACCACAGUAAAGCAUCUCAUUUCCACUGAAUACUUGAACUACGAGGAAGGGAAGUUUAGCAAGAGUCGAGGUGUGGGUGUGUUUGGAGACCAUGCAAAAGACACGGGGAUUCCAAGUGACACCUGGAGGUUUUACUUGGCCAGUGUGAGACCAGAAACCCAGGACUCCACCUUUGCCUGGGUUGACCUCCAGACCCGGGCCAAUUCUGAACUGCUCAACAAUCUGGGCAACUUUGUUAACAGGGCCCUGAUGUUCGUGACCAAGAACUUUGACGGUAGAAUACCUGAGAUGCCUCUAUCAGAGGCAGAAGUGGAAUUGAUCAGGAAUAUCCAAGUUGAACUGACACAAUACAUUGACUGGAUGGAGAAAGUGAGACUGCGAGAUGCCUUGAAGCACGUCCUCAACAUCUCUCGCCUCGGCAACGUUCACAUGCAAGCCCGACAGCCCUGGGUCCUUCUGAAGCAAGGACCUGCCGAAAAGAAAGAGGCAGGAGCCUGCGUAGGAGUGUGUGCCAAUGUGGCCUGUCUUCUCUCGGUCCUGCUGGCUCCCUUCUUGCCCGACACGUCCCGAGUCAUGCAGGAACAGAUGAAUGUUCCUUCAGACUGCAAUGUCCUCCAUGGAGCCUUUGUACCCUAUCUUCCUCCUGGACAUCAGAUUGGAAAUGUGAGUCCCCUGUUCCAGAAACUGGAAACUCCACACAUUGAGGAGCUGAAGUCAAAGUUUGCCGGGAAGGCAGAUAGUAACGAGGUAAAGAAAGAUCCCUCGCCUCCCAAAGACUCGAAUCAACCUGGGACCAAUCCAAUGGGAGACCUGACUCUAGUGGAGAAUCUCACUAAACAGGUUGCACACCAGGGAGAUAUGGUGAGAGCAUUGAAGGCCAAGGGAGCAGGUAAGGAAGAAAUCAAUGCUGAAGUGGGGAAGCUGUUGGAUCUGAAGAAGCAGCUGGCUCAAGCACAAGGAGUGGAUCCUCAGAACCUCAUCUCGCCAGGAGGAGAUGCAAAGCAGAAGAAGAAGAAGGGGAAGAAAUGAUCCAUGUUGGAUCCAUAAGAGGAAAAUAAACG